UUUAUAAUAAAAAUAUCUAAUAUCGUUAUGAUGUGUGUGUUAAAAUAAUAAGGUUAACUACAAUACUAUUUUAUGGACUGCCGUGUGGCGUGUGCGUUUUUGACUUUUGAAAUUUUGCACACGCUUUGUGUCGUUUUUUGAUUUGUACGUUUCAAAUUUUUUUCCAUCGAAACCGACGCGUGACUUUGAAAAUUGUCAUGACUAAUGUUUUGUUGGUUUUGCCAAUGUGAAUUAUUAAAAAAAUUAAUGUACUUCGUAUUGUUCCUGUUGUGUAUUUCCAUUACCAAAGAACACCACCGAGAACGGAUUACGGAAUAAAAUAAAAUAUAUUAUACCGUGUAGAUCGUCAUCUUGCAAGUUAAAUCGUCAUUCAAUGGAGUCACGAUGAUAUAUCUGAUCGGUUAAAAUAAAUUAGAACGAAAACGAAAAUUCCACAUCAACUGCUGUCUUUGUUAUAGAAACAUGGAUAAUCCAGAAGCAAUUGAAAAUUCUAUGUGUGAAACACCUCAACAACAGUUAUUACCCAUUGAAAAUAACUGCCUACCAGUUGAAAAUGCAUUGUUGAACAAUGAUUGUACAGAUCCUUCAAAAAUUGUAGGUGAAAUUAGUAAUUCCGAAAGCCAAGUGCUUAAAGAAUCAAUUGAUGAAAAUUCUCAAAAUACAAAUGUUACUACUGAACCUAGUUCAGUUGUUUCGACCGAUAAUUCUAUGCCACCUCUUCCACCACUUCCCAAAAAUGAUAAUGGACAAUUGCCACAACCACCGGCAGCACCAUUGCCAGCUGAUUAUAACAUGCAAAACUAUGCAAAUUAUAAUAAUUAUAUGUAUAACUAUAACAAUUAUUAUGGUUAUCCUUAUCCUCAAUACCAGUGGGAUUACAAUAGUCAACAAUAUUAUCAACCAUAUCAAAAUUAUUAUAAUUAUAAUUUUAAUCAAGCAAAUCAAACACAAACAUCUAAACCUCCUCCACCACCGCCUAAUUCUGUACAAUUACCAGUUGAAGAGAAGCCAGCUAAUAAAACCAACAUAACAGUUGAUGAAUCUAAUAGAUAUUCUCCUACAGCAGAAACUGAUGAUGAUGGAUUAACAGAAAACUUAAAAGCUGAUAUUCUUAUUGAACAAUCCUCACAAACCAUUAAUGCUGCCGUCUUUCAAACUGCACCAUCUGAACAAAUUGAGGUGCAACAAAACAUACCUGAGAGCAUUAACAAUACAAUUCAACAAACCAUUGACCCUUCAACUUUACCUUUGAUUACAUCAGUGCAACAGUCUGUUCCUAUUAUUGCUCAGAUACAACCAUACAACAUUCAAAUUCAACAACCUAGCUAUCCAAUUAAUCCACAAAGUCAAAUGCAAUCAACUGAAACUUUCAAUGAGGCAAUAAAUCAACAGAAAAACUCACCUGCGUUAAAUGGAAAAGAUGACUCUAUUGAGAAAGUGUCUAAAGCAUCAACGGUGUUGGGUAAAUCCCAAGCAAAAAAACGAUUGAUGGCGUUUUCGAUGAUGAAACAAAAGUUACAAGAACAAAAUAAUUCAAUUACUGAUAAUCAGAGUUCAGACAUUGGAGAGGGAAAUGAUGCGGAGUUCGUGCCUGAACAUAAUGUAUUCCAAACAGUAACAAAAAAAAAAGUUGUUACUAAUAAAAAAGUUGCUAAAGUUAUCAAGGCUCAACAAACAAUUGAACAAAUUGAAGAAAUGAAGAAAGAUGAACUGUUACAAGGAAAUAAUGCAGCAUUAUAUCAACAUCUCCUAAGAAGUGGUGGUAAUGAAGCUCCUAUCCUUCAGAAACUUGGUAUAGAAUCAUUAGCAGAAAAAUAUUCAGCUAAGAUAAGAGAACAGGAUAAGCGUUCGAGUAAGCACCAUCACAGGCGUCGAGAUGAAUCUAGAAGAGGCCACAAAUAUCGCCGUCGUUCACGUUCAAAAUCCAGGACUAGGUCAAGAUCAACAGAGAAGCCAAAGAUGCGAGCACUAGAAGUCAAAAGUUGGAAAGAUUUUGUUAAAGGUGGGUUUCACUUUGACAAAUUUAGAAGAUUCAAGAUGGAUGAAGCUGAAGAAAUAAAAGAAAAAGAGCGCAAGUCCAGAAAAAAGAAAAGGCAUGGAGACUCAAGAUCUGAUAGCAAAAACCAUAAAAAUGAAUCUAACAUACCUUCUGAAACAGAAAAAGGAACCGGAGAUCAGAAAAUACGCUACAACAUAUUAGAUCGCAAAAAAGAAAUACUUAAAGGUCUUGAAGUCAACACUCACGAAGGAGAUUUUACAAAAGAUUUUCCCAGUUAUAUUAUUCGAUACACUAAAAAUAAGCCAGUCAUUAAAUUCAGUGAAAAUCCAGCAAAUGCCACGUACCAUCUUCAGAACAGACAGCAAAUGUUUGCCACACUUCUUCCAGAGAUUGAAGCAAUUGUACUUAAAUUCUUAUCUUCAAUAAAACCAAAAAAGCUCAAAAAAAAUUAUACAGACAAUAAUUAUAAUAACAUUGAUGAAAAACUAUUAAUUAUGAUGAAGGAUAAAAAUAUUUAUCCAUUCAAAGGUUGGUGGCCCAAAACAAAUUUUAUUGUCACUCAAGUCAAAGAAGAUCCAAAUAUUGAAAUAGAUGAAGACGUAUUGAUGAAUGAAAUGACUACUAGUAAACGAACUAAAAAAUCUAGAUUUAAUGAUGAUUCAUCUUUUGUUGAUUUAAGACCUACUGUUCCAUCCAAAUGGGAUAGUGAUUAUGACGGUAGUCCAGCUGCUGAAAAUAAAAUUUCAUAUGUUGGAGUUUCUCAAAGUGUUGAAAUGAAUACUAAUGAUAACGUCUGCAUAAUCGAAAGAGAUAAAAAAAAUCCUUUAGACAUAAGUCACCAGGAAGAAGCAAUGGACACUGCAUCUGAUGUUGGUGAAGAUGAACCUAAGAUUGAAGUUAACAUUUGUCCAGUUCAACCAAUUCAAAUUCAAGAACCACAAGGAAAUGCUAAAUUGAAUACAGAAUAUGAAGAGUUUUUGAAAAUUGUAAAAGUUGAAAAGGAAGAAAGUGAAAAUUCCAUUACUGCUACUACUAAUAAUGUACCUUUUCAAAAAGACAAUGAUAACAAUCUAUCAACAAAAUCUGUAUCAUUGAAUGAUAAUUCUAUACAAGAUGAUUCUGAAGACUAUAUGUCCACAAAAUCUUCAGAUGAAUCUGUUUCUUUACACAAUGCUGCUGAAGAGUCGGAUUCAAAUAGUGGAUCAUUUGUUGAAGAAGUAUCUUCAAAUAUUGAUUUAAAGGUUAGAAAAAGGAAAAAAUCAUCUAGUAAAAAGUCUAAAACAUUUAAAAAUAAAGAAAGUAAGAAGAGGAGGCAUAAAUCAAGUUCCAGUGAAAGUUCACAAGAUUCAGAAUCAGAAAGUGAUAGUAGUUCAGAUGAUAGUGAUUCAGAAUCAACCGAUUCAAGCUCUACAAUAGAAAAAAAGAAAAAAAAUAAAUCAAAAAAUAAGAAAAAGAAGAAAACCAAAACAAGUUACAAAAAGAAACACAGGGGUGACAAGAAUAAGACCAAAAGUCCUGAAGAAGAAAAAGAUACUAACAGCAGUAUUCUCAAUUUAAUCGAAAAAGCAUUAAAUGUUGAAAUUAAAAAGAGACCUUUAGAUAGUAAGGAACAAAAGAAGAAGAAAAAGAAACACGAAAAAAAAGAAAAUAAAUCAAAUGAAGAGAAUGACGAAAAAUUUGAAAAAGUUAAGGAUUGUUUAAAAGAAACAAUUACAAAAUUGGUUAAAACUGAUAAAGUGAAUAAAAAUCAGUCUCUUUCAUGUGAUGAAACUGUUAUCGAAGUAUUAAAAUAUUUAAAUGAUAAAGAAAAAAAGAAUAAAAAGUCAAAGAAAAGUUCAAAAAGAAAGCAUGAUUCAGAUAUUUCUGAUGAUGAGAAAACCCUCAAAAAAUCUAAAUUAGUUGAUAGUUGUUCAAAACCUAAAGUUAAUGAUAAGAAAAAGAAGAGUAAAAAGAAGAAAUCUGUAGAAAGAAAAUCUGUCGAUUCAGACGAAUAUCUGACAAAAAAGAAGUCUAAAAAAAGAUCCAAAUCAACUGAUACUUCAGAGGCUGAAGAUGUAGAGGGAUUAAGUCAAAAUAAAAAUGAUACUGUUCAGUUUUUUGAAUUGCGACCCAAUGAGUGGAACAUUAAUAAAAAAAGUUCCAUGAGGGGAGUCAUCCAUCACUCGGAAGCAAAAAAUAAAGAUAAAGUAUCGCUUUUACAAGAUACAGAAAGAUGCGAUAAAAAUGUUAAAAAAAAAUCUGAUCACAUUAAUUUAGAUAAUUGUUCUCCUACAAACAGAAGUACAAAUAAAAUUGAAGUUCUUAAUUUGCCUAAUGUAUUGUAUUCUGUUGGAGAAAAAGAAAAAAGAAAAACACAUUUGCAGAAGACCAAUGAAGAUAUCAAAAGUGAUAAAAUUGAUAAUGUUUCAAAAAAUAAAAAUUCUGACAGUAAAUCUAAUGAAGAAGAAAAUGAUAAAAUGUUGAAGAAAUCUGUUGACAAGUGUCAUAAUGAUGUAUUUAAACUUAAAAAUGACAUACAACAAACUGUAUUUUUGGAAAAAGAUAAUAGUGAACAACAUGAUGUGGAUAAAGAUCUUAAGAGUAUUUUUAAACCUCAAAUACAAAGCACGCCACUUGAUCUAUAUAAUAAACCUCCUAUUACUUGUUCUGUCAUUAAACCUGUUAAAGAACCUAUAUCAUAUAGGGACAAAGUAAAAAUGAAUUUAAAGAAGCUUUCAACUUGCCAAAAUAUGCCAUUUGUGUUUGGAUUUUCUUCACCAAUUAAUCUAAUUGGAUCAAAAAAAUUUAAUUUGGAUAAAACUACGGAUUUUAAAGUGACCAAUGAAGAAGAUAAAUCUAAAGAUGAACCAAUAGUAGACAAUCCAAUAGUUAAUGAAACCAAACUUUUAAAUCCUGAUGAACCAAUAGUAGACAAUCCAAUAGUUAAUGAAACCAAACUUUUAAAUCCUGAUGAACCAAUAGUAGACAAUCCAAUAGUUAAUGAAACCAAACUUUUAAAUCCCGAUGAACCAAUAGUAGACAAUCCAACAGUUAAUGAAACCAAACUUUUAAGUCCUGAUAAACCAAUAGAAGACAAUCCAAUAGUUAACAAAACCAAACUUUUAUAUCCUGAUGAACCAAUAGUAGACAAUCCAAUAGUUAAUGAAACCAAACUUUUAAAUCCUGAUGAACCAAAAGUAAUUCCUCAAACACGCAUGGAAAAACCUCAUUUAACCAUUGCUGAAAAAGAAUCGCCUAAAAUCAAUAUUGAUACUGAUAUAAAAUCUGUUGAUCAUAGUUACGAUUGGGAUGAUUCUGAAGAAUCUGAUACUGACCAAUCACUUACUACAAGCACUAAUUCAUCAGAACAUUCAAGUGAUGAUAGAGAAAGUGAACAAAUUCAUUCAAAUUCGUUGGUAAAUGACUCGCCAAAUAGAUGUAUUAAAUAUGAGACAUUUUCAAAUGAUAGCAAUGUUAAAGACCCAGAGGAAUUUACAUCUAAUGUUUUUGAAACAAAUAGUUUAGAUUCAAGAAGCGAAGAGCAAGGUCUACCUUUAGAAGUUGACAAUGUUUCUAUAAAGAAAGAAUUAACCUCUUUGUCAAAUUUGGCUGAUUUCUCUGAACAACAUUUAGAUAGUAAUACUGUAGAUUUACAAAAUAAUUUAUCUAGUAUUGAUGUACUAGAAGUUUCUGAUUCCAGCAAUGAACUAAUUACUCAAUGGACGUCAGAUUGGACGAGUUUGAAUAAGUCGAUUACUGAAAUUAAUCAUCCAAGCUAUUCUAAAUUUGGGGAUGAAGAAUUACAAUUAAAAAAGAAAUCUCGUUGGGACAAACAAUCCAUGGAUAAUAAAAUAAGCAGAUCACAGAGUCCUAAUAAUGAAAUAGAAGAGUGUAAGGAUGAAACUGAAGCAAAUAUCUUGACUAAUGAGCAAAAAAAUGUUAGUUCUCUAUCGAACAAUGACGAUGACCUUUAUAAUGAACAAAUCCAAACAUGUGAAAUAAUGUCAAUAAAUUGCAUGAAUGAUAUUCAUGAGAUUAAUCCCUCUGCAUAUGAUGAUUACACUCAAACUUAUGAACAAUACACUGGUAUACCUACGUAUUCUGAAAUGAAAACUAUUGAACAUGAUCUAUUAAGUCCGAUUGACUAUAGUGUGUAUGAAAAUUAUAAUCCAAAUUAUAGUUACCAUACUGAAGAUUAUAACAUGUGGAAAUCUCUAGAUACAGAUAUAUCUGAACAUGAGGUGAUUAAAGCUAUUCCAACUACUGAUGAAUCAUUUUCACAAUAUGAAAAGCAUAUGGAAGUGCCAUCAUUUAAUAUUUCUGUUGACCAAGUUGAAUUUUCAAAAAGGGAAGUAUCAAAUAAUAACAAUAUUAUUAUUUCAGACAUUCCGGACAAUCAGGAUAAAAUCGUCAAUAGUGAAAAAUCGGAUAGCGCAAGUUCUGAUAAACUAUUUGUCGAAUUGUAUCAUCAACAUUUUCAACAUUACAAUCAAAAUCCAAUUAAAUAUUCGCUGAGUAAUCCUGUUACAAUAAACUCUGAGGAAGUAAAUAUCCCAGAGAGUUUGAUAUCUCAGGAAAAGUUGUCAGAAACUGAUCAAAAUUCUGAUAAUAUACUACCCAUACCUUUACAAACUCGAGCUUAUUCAUGUAUACUUGAAGAUGCUAAUACCAAUCUUUAUCUUACCAGUGAUAAUUACAUGGCGUACUGUGCUGUUGAAGAUAAAUGUAUGGUGCACAUAUCUGUAAAUCCAUGUAACCGUGAGGGAGUUGGGGUUGAUGUCAGACAUUGUUUUAAUAUAAACAUAAGUGGAUCAAUAAAUGAGUAUUGGCUACAUGCAGAUUUAAUUCCAUUUUACAUUCCAUCUGAUGCUGAAUCAGGUGUGUUCAGUGAUGACGAGGUAGACUCUUUGGAAUCAGAUUCUGGUCAUGAAGAAGAUGUAAAUAUUGACAACAAUGAAAACGAUGAUGAUAUAAUUGAAAGUGAAUGGGAAAUAGUUGACGACAUUCAUGACAAUGUCAAUAGCUGGCUGGAUGAACCAUACAUACUUAAAAAAUAUAGUAUUGAACAUGAUAUCAAUGAAGAACAUUGUGUGACUAGUUCCUCGGAUUGUGACACAGAUGGAAGUGAAUUUUCAGAUUCCUAUCUUGAUAUAUUUAAUGAUAAUCACAAAUAUAAAAAUGCAAGUAAUAAAGUGAUGCCUAUAAAUGUUUUUGAAAAAACUGAAAGUUUUGCUACAAAUUUAGAUUUAUUAGUAGAAACUAAAUCUGAACAACUAGUUAUGGAUUUUGAAAUUAAAAAAGAAAACGAUACAUUGGAAAAUGAUCAAACUUCAGAAAUAAAUAUGGAAAACAAUUGUAACAUCCUUAUAGAGUUAGAAGAAAAAGUAAACAGUGGAAAUGAAUCAGGUAUAAUGAAAGAAGAAGUCACUGUUAAAGAACUUUCGAUGCUGGAUACAAUUAUUAAUCAAAAGUUAUUAAUUCAAAAAUUAAAAAUUCGUGCAAAAGAAAAAAUUUGUGAGAAAUUGCCUGAUACAGUAAUGGUUCGCUAUAGCGACAACAUGGAAACCAUUAAACAUCCAUUUUUAGGAUUGUUUCAGCCACCAACUAACAGUAUCCUAUCCAAACCAAAGUAUAUUCAGCCAUCAUACACUACAAACUUGUCUAAACGUGUGACUUUCGCUGAUGGAAUUCAUCCUGGGGACAAUUUGGCAGCAUCUCCAACACACGAUGAUAUUGGUUGUCCAUUAUCACCUCCUCCUCUUAAAGCAUUGAUGCGGGAAACAUUAAAAUUCAAACGUAACAUGUACCCAUUUAAAAAGUCAAAAUUGCGCACCAAAUUAAAAAUGGAAAAAAAGAAAGUGGCUAAAGUAACACCUUCAAUUAAGACAACUAACCCAUCAAUUAUUGAAUAUUAUGUCAGCCGUCAACGUCUUGCAGACAUACCUAUUGAUGAAACACUCAAGAAUGUUAUCUUAAGAUGCGAUUUUUCAUCAAAUAAUGAUAAUAAUAGAACUGAAAGAAAUUCUACUCCACCUAGACCCACAAGAGAACUCACUCCAGUGCCAUCUGAUACUGAGUGUUGGAAUGAUGAAGAAGUCGUUAAAAACAGCAGACAAUAAUUCAAGAUUAAAUGACCUUUAUAUAUGCCUGAUUCAAAACAAAUGUAUUAGAAUAUUAACUUAUGCCUUUAGUUCAACUUUAUAUAAAUAUAUGUGUGUGUGUGUGUAUUUAUACAUACAUAUAUUGUCUUUGUAAUUUUAUAUACACCAUAUACAUACAUAUUUAAUUUAUGAGUCUAUCAUGUUAUUUUGUCUGGAUUAAAAUAUGUAUCUUAAUA